GGGAGCACACGCAUACACACACAUACAGAGGUGACUGUGACGUCAAACCGGAGCCCAGCUGACUCGCUCGCUCCGCCGUGCCUCUCACUGACCAGCCUCGCGCUCUCUGCACAUCAACUCCACGCGGCUGCUGCUGCUGCUGCUGCUGCACGCCCUUUGAAACAGCGAGGAGGAGGAGAAGGAGACGAAGAAGGAAAAGAAGAGGGUGAAAAACCGGGAGGACUCGCGCGGAGAGACAGCUCACCGGAGGAAGAGGAACUGGAGGAGGAGAAGGAGGAUGAGCCUCCGUUGUCAUCCUCGCGCGCAGCACGGGGACACAUAAGACAUUGUCUUUUGGACACUUUCCACGGACACGAGCUGCUUUACCUCCUCAGAGAGAGAGAGUAGGAUUGUGUCUUGGCACCGCUCCCCCCCUCCUCCUCCACAGCCAGGUGUUGCAUUCAAGCGCGAGCCCCUCAUGUCGAUGGAGAGGCACAAGGAGGGUUGAUCCGCGCUGCGGAGCUCGCGCACUCGACUCUGAUCCUGUCUGCGAGCCUCUCGAGCAACAACAAGUUGAUGAUUUUUGAUCUUCCUCUGGCUCCUGACCGCGUUUAGAGACACGGAGGCUGUGACCGGAUUCUUCUUUCUUUGGGCUGCUGACCUCACCGGAUUUGUCUUUCUGUGGCAUCGUUGAUGAACGGGAAUUAACGUGAUUUGUGCUUUAUUUUUUUGGCUCUGCAGCUGCACGCGCAAAUAGGGAAAGGAUGGCAAAGUGAGCGAACCCAGCUGUGCCAGACGCGCGAGCCAUUUUUGGGUUAAAUUUGAAAGAGCACAUUUUCCCGAAAGCAGCUGCCUGACAUCGCGUGCACCCCGAGCCUCGCGCAGUGUUUUUGACGGAUCCAGGCUUUCCGUGGCGCCGCGGCACCCUGAUGGUGCGGACGGUCGGCGCACGGUGGCUCGAGCUGCCGCUUGGACACAAAGCCCGGUGAUUUUUAGCCUUCAGCACGGAGACACGGUGCAUGAUGAUGAUGAUGGUGAUGAUGAUGAUACGCGGUUAAUCCGGGAGAUGCUUUUCUACUCGAGUCGGAUUUAUGUUGCUUUUCUUCGCGUGACGAUGAACUCCAACCGCGCUUUACCCCGUGCCGUGCUCGCCGCAGCCCGAGAGAGAAGCAAGCACCCCCGGUUCAAUGCGCACGAGAGGACAUCGUCUCCCCAAAAUCGCUGAGCUAACUCACAACCGGGAAGGGAGGGAUCAUUCUAACCGACACAACCGAUAAGGAGGAGAAAACAACAACAACAACAUCAGCAGCAACAAGCGGCAGCAGUGAUGGAGCUGUCCGAGGUCCGGUGCUCCAGCGCGAGCGAGGAGCUGUACACCAUCAACAAGACCCCGAGCAGCAGCAACAACAGCAACAGCAGCGGCAGCGCGCGACCCAAACGGCUGCUGUGGCAGAACGCGGUGCGGCACAUCACCGAGCAGCGGUUCAUCCACGAGCAGGGCGGGGGAGGCGGAGGGGUGAAGGGCAUCGGGCCGGACGAGCCCUUCGACCCGAGCCAGGACGCGCGGAAGCAGUCGGCGGGGCGGACGUCGGUGGGAGACCGGCACAACAACGGCGGGACCAAGGUGUUCCCGGAGCGCGCCAGCAGUGACUUGGGCUUCCUGCAGAUCGACUGCGCGCCGAGCAACUCCGACUUCUUCCUGAACUGGGGCUACACGUACCGGGGCGUCAUCUUCCCCACGCUGCGGAACGCCUUCAAGUCCCGCGACCUGGAGCGGCUCUACCAGCGUUACUUUCUGGGCCAGAGGCGCAAAUCUGUGGUGGUGAUGAACAUCCUGGACGUGGUGACCAAGCUCACCCUGCUGGUGCUGCACCUCACCCUGGCCUCCUCCCCGAUGGACCCGAUCAAAGGGACCCUCCUGGGCUUCUUCACGGGCAUCGAAGUCGUCAUUUGUGCCUUAGUGGUGGUGCGGAAGGACACCACGUCGCACAGCUACCUGCAGUACAGCGGCGUGGUCACCUGGGUGGCCAUGGCCACGCAGAUCCUAGCGGCCGGGCUGGGCUACGGGCUGCUGGGUGACGGGGUGGGGUACGUGCUCUUCACCCUGUUCGCCACCUACAGCAUGCUGCCGCUGCCGCUCACCUGGGCCAUCCUGGCCGGCCUGUUCACCUCGGGGCUCCACAUCCUGGUCCAGCUGCUCAUCUCCCAGAAUGCACAGCUCUCUACCAACCAGGUAGCAGCUCAGGCUGUGUUGUUCAUGUGUAUGAACACUGCGGGGAUAUUCAUCAGUUACCUGUCAGACCGGGCUCAGCGUCAGGCCUUCCUGGAGACGCGGCGCUGCAUCGAGGCUCGGCUGCGACUCGAGACAGAGAACCAGAGACAGGAGAGACUGGUUUUAUCGGUCCUGCCACGUUUUGUAGUUUUGGAAAUGAUCAACGACAUGACAAAUGUAGAGGACGAACACCUCCAGCAUCAGUUUCACAGAAUCUACAUCCACCGCUAUGAGAAUGUCAGCAUUCUUUUCGCAGAUGUUAAAGGCUUCACAAACCUCUCCACAACGCUGUCAGCACAGGAGCUGGUGCGAAUGUUGAAUGAACUCUUUGCACGCUUUGAUCGCCUCGCACACGAGAACCACUGUCUACGAAUAAAGAUCCUGGGAGACUGUUACUACUGUGUGUCUGGUCUACCUGAGCCCAGGCAGGACCACGCCCACUGCUGUGUGGAGAUGGGCCUCAGCAUGAUCAAAACCAUCAGAUAUGUGAGAUCACGUACGAAACACGACAUCGACAUGCGUAUUGGGAUCCACUCAGGCUCUGUGCUGUGUGGAGUUUUGGGACUCAGGAAGUGGCAGUUUGACGUCUGGUCCUGGGACGUGGACAUCGCCAACAAACUGGAGUCUGGAGGGAUCCCAGGGAGGAUUCACAUCUCCAAAGCAGCUUUAGACUGUUUGAACGGUGACUACGAGGUGGAGGAGGGCCACGGGAAGGACCGCAACGACUUCCUCCGCCGCCACAACAUCGAGACGUACCUCAUCAAGCAGCCGGAGGACAGUAUGCUCACCCUGCCGGAGGACAUCAUGAAGGAGGCAGCCAGUUCGGCCGACCGCCGGGCCAGCAGCACCACCUUCAAUGAAGCAUCCUGGAGCCCUGAGCUUCCCUUCGACAACAUUGUGGGGAAGCAGAACACUCUGGCUGCCCUAACGAGAAAUUCGAUAAAUCUGCUUCCAAACCAUCUCGCACAAGCUUUGCAUGUCCACUCUGGUCCUGAGGAAAUUAACAAGCGAAUAGAGAGCGCCAUCGACUUACGGAGUGGCGAUAAGUUGAGAAGAGAGCAUAUCAAGCCUUUCUCACUGAUGUUUAAAGACUCCAGCCUGGAAGAGAAGUACUCCCAGAUGAGGGACGAGGUGUUCAAGUCCAACCUGGUGUGCGCCUUCAUCGUGCUCAUCUUCAUCACCACCAUCCAAAGCCUGCUUCCCUCCGCCAGGAUGGUAACCAUGGUGAUCCAGUUCUCAGUCCUCAUCGUCCUCCAUUCCUGUCUGGUCCUAGUUACGACAGCGGAGGACUACAAAUGUCUGCCUCUGGUCCUGCGCAAAGCCUGCUGCUGGAUCAACGAGACGUACGCAGCGCGAAACGUCAUCAUCUUCGUCUCAAUCCUCAUCAACUUUCUGGCAGCCAUGAUCAAUAUACUGUGGUGCGACUUCGACAAGUCCAGCACCUUCAGGAACCAGACGUACAACGAAUCGGCCUCCAUCCCAGACAUCUGCUUCUACCCAGAGUAUUUUGUGUUCACGGGGGUCCUGGCGAUGGUGACGUGUGCGGUGUUCCUGCGGCUGAACUCGGUGUUGAAGUUGGCAGUGCUGCUGGUGAUGAUCGCCAUCUACUCGCUGCUGACCGAAGCCUUCUACACCUCGCUGUUUGUUCGCUACGACACCGUCCACCACAACACAGAAAAUUUCCUGGGGACCAAAGAGACGUCUUUGCUCCUGAUGGCUAUGUUCCUCCUCGCUGUGUUCUACCACGGGCAGCAGCUGGAGUACACGGCCCGGCUUGACUUCCUGUGGCGUGUCCAGGCCAAAGAGGAGAUCAACGAGAUGAAGGAGCUGCGAGAACACAACGAGAACAUGCUGAGGAACAUCCUGCCCAGCCACGUAGCCCGCCACUUCCUGGAGAAGGACCGGGACAACGAGGAGCUGUACUCCCAGUCCUACGACGCAGUGGGCGUGAUGUUCGCAUCCAUCCCGGGCUUCGCUGACUUCUAUUCCCAGACUGAGAUGAAUAACCAGGGAGUCGAGUGCCUCAGGCUCCUCAACGAAAUUAUUGCAGACUUUGACGAGUUACUCGGUGAGGAUCGUUUCCAGGACAUCGAGAAGAUCAAGACGAUUGGCAGCACCUACAUGGCCGUCUCUGGUCUGUCGCCUGAAAAACAGCAAUGUGAAGAUAAAUGGGGUCACCUGUGUGCGUUGGCUGAUUUCGCCAUCGCGCUCAACGAGAGCAUCCAGGAGAUCAACAAGCACUCGUUCAACAACUUUGAGCUGAGGAUCGGUAUGGCCCACGGCUCAGUGGUGGCAGGUGUGAUCGGUGCCAAGAAGCCACAGUACGACAUCUGGGGGAAGACGGUGAACCUGGCCAGCCGGAUGGACAGCACGGGGGUCAGCGGCAAGAUCCAGGUACCCGAGGAGACCUACCUGAUCCUGAAGGAGCGCGGCUUUGCCUUUGAGUACCGCGGCGAGAUCUACGUGAAGGGCAUCAGCGAGCAGGAGGGCAAGAUCCGAACGCACUUCUUGCUGGGCCGCGUGCAGCCCAACCCGCUCAUCCUGCAGCCACGCAAAAUCACCGGCCAGUACUCGCUGGCAGCCGUUGUGCUCGGCCUGGUGCAGUCGCUCAACAGGCAGAAGCAAAAGCAGAUCCUCAACGAGAACAACAACUCGGGCAUCAUGAAGGGCCACCACCACUACAACCGGAGGACGUUGUUAGCACCCGGUAGCUCCGAGGUGGGAGGGGGUCAUCACACGGAAGCAGCUGAUAAGACUGAGCUGUCCUGAAGAGCAGACUGGAGUUUCAGUUCCACACAGGUUUCUCAGAGGCAGAGCUGCUCUUCAGGCAAAAACAAUCCCAGGGGCUGAGUUAAACUUCAGUGGGUGCAGCUUUCCAGCUACGUAACAUUAAAGCAGGUGGAAGUUCUUUAGGAGUCGUAGCAACUUUAGCAUUCCAGUACUGAAAGCUUCGCCUGGUUCCAGACGUCUGAAUGGCAGCACAUAAUAUCUCUGAGUUCAAGUUGAUCUGGUGUUGUGCUCAUUGACCAACAGCUCUGUAGGCAGGGCUAAUAAAAGGAACAUCGUGUUCCUGUAUCAGAGCCAGGAAUCUAUUUCAAACAGAAAUGACAAAAGUGAGGAUGACACUGAUGCUUUGGCAAGUCCUUUAACAUUUAGGGCUGACUAGUAACGACUUGUGUGUCAGCUCUAUGCAGAGCCUACGCCUACACUACACUGUUGUGUGCAUUUAUAAUUGCGCAGUGGCGUGUCAGUGUCACUCUGCAGUCACACCUUUAAAACACUAGUUGGUGAUGGGGUUUCUGUAAAGUUCUGUUGAGUUGAGUUGAUUCAAAACACACAUUAAACACACAUUAAACACAGAUUAAACACACAUUAAACACAGAUUAAAC